AGAUAACACUCAAGUUGAUUAGUAUUCUUCGCCACAUUAUUUGUGGUUUAUAUAUCUUGUUAGUUUUCAGAUUCUGAUCGUAUUCUAAUUCAAAUAAUUGUUCAAGCUUUGAUUGUAGAAAUGGCAGAUGUGACUGUAAUUUCUUCAAGCAUAGUUCGACCCCAAAACAUAAACCAAUCAAGUCGGACAAAGAUCCAUCUCACUCCGUUUGAUCUUAACCUCCUCUACGUAGACUAUCCUCAAAGAGGUCUUCUUUUUCGCAAGCCCGACCCGGAAACCCAUUUCAUCUCUCGGUUAAAGACAUCUCUUUCAACUGCCUUGGAGAUCUACUUCCCUUUCUCCGGUCGUCUUGUCAAACUGGAGAAUCUUGAAGACAACACGGUGUCGUUUCACAUCGACUGCGAAGAGCACGGCUCCUCCUCCGGUGCUAAGUUCGUCCACGCCGAAUCCAAAUCUUUAUCGUUGAGUGACAUUCUUCAGCCUCACGGCUCUGUCCCAGAUUUCAUGAGUCAUUUCUUCCCAUCUCUCGGCGUUAAUAGCACCAACGGCCUCACGGAGCCCUUGCUUGCGCUGCAAGUCACCGAGAUAAAAGAUGGUGUUUUCAUCAGUUUCGGUUAUAAUCACAUGGUCGCUGAUGGAGCUUCCAUUUGGAACUUCUUUAAUACUUGGUCGAAGAUUUGUUCGGGUGGUUCCGAUGAUCAUAAUAACCCUCUUAAACUCAGAGGAUGGUUCCUCGACGGAAUCAGUUUCCCGAUACGUAUUCCAGCUUCAGAGACGGAGGAGGCCCCUUCUCCACGCCAAGAAGUCUCUUUGCCUCCCACUACAAAAGAAAGAGUUUUUCACUUCGCAAAGAAGGAUAUUUCAAACCUCAAAGCUAAAGCCAACAAAGAAAUAGGGUCCGGUCACCUGGUUAUUAUCUCGUCUUUACAAGCGCUUUCUGCCCUUUUGUGGAGGUCAAUUAUCAGACACAGUGGUAUGAACCGAGAAGAAGAAACUCAUUGCAAAGUAGCCGUUGAUCUGAGGCAAACUAACCCUCCGCUUGAGAAAGAGUGUUUUGGAAACGUGAAUAUUCUCGGGGUAACUAGUGUCACGGUUGGGGAACUGCUAGAUCAUCAGAUGGGUUGGGCUGCUUUGCAAAUAAACAAAAUGGUGCAGUCGCAAACGGAUGAAAAGUUUAAAAGUUAUGCAAAGAAUUGGGUCAGAAACGUAAAGAUAUCAAAAAAAGGUGACGGGAGUCCGAUGGUUUGUGAUUCCGUGCUUGUCUCAAGCUCUCCUUGGUUUGACGUGUAUGGGAACGAUUUCGGUUGGGGUAAGCCGAUUGUAGCUAGAGCUGGACCCGGGAAUAGUAUAAGUGGUAAGCUCGUGCUAUUUCAAGGGACUGAAGAAGGAAGUAUUGAUGUUCAUGCCACCUUAUGGUCUCAUGUGCUUGUCAAGUUAUUGGCUGACGUUGAAUUCUUGGAGAAUGUGACCAUUGCUUGAUUGUAAUUUGUUUGGUUGAGAAAUAAAGCUGGUCUUGAUCCCAAGACCCUAGCUCACUUCUAGUCUUCUGAAUCUUCUG